AUGUGCUGUCAAGGUCUACCAUGGCCUGCAAGGUCACUACGUUGCAAACGACAGGCCCUGAUUGUGCAAAGGACACACGGCCCAUUCGUGCAUGGGUGGCAUGUGCUGAAGGGCCCCCCAGCCGCGUUGAUGGACCAGAGCAGCACGCUGGCAAGGCAGCAGGUGGUGGGCAGUCCAGUGGUGCAAGGGGUAGCUGCUGCUGAAGCUAUUGAGCCUGUGGCAAUGGCAGAAGAAGCAGCAGGAAAGGGCGACGGUGAGAUGCAAAAGGUCCCAGCAGGGCCGCUCAGAGUGGCUGCUGUUGAAGAAAUGUGCAAUGCGGAAGACAGAUCGUCGUCCUUUGAUUGCAGCACACAGGAGAGCCGUCUGCCUCUGUACAGGGGGCUCUUAAGCAGUGCUGUCCAGCAGAACCCAGGGCUUAGGGCAGACUGGGCGUCGAGAACGCUCGCAGGCCUCUUCACAGACUUUGGGGCACAGAAUCUUGGGUGCAGGGUGUCUGGGCAGCUCGCCUCAGCAGCCUCCAGGCGCAGGGCAUUUGGGCACUUCGAAGAUGAGGGCAGGUCGGGCAAGCACCCAGACAAGGGACCCGAAAGUGGGGUGCCAAGAUUGUGGAGAGUGCACAAGGCCAAAGCUGAAGACCUGGAAAGAACAGCGUCUUGCAUAGAGAGGGACGUGGCAGGGACUUCAUACAGCAAGCUCAAGACUGCUCCCUGUCUGAAGGCUGAAGAAGAGGAGCUCGACAACAAAAAGGAGACAGCCAGAGGGAACUCAGAUGAUGAGCCGGAGUCGCUGCACAACAUUGAUGCUGUGCCACCAAGCGGCUGUGGUUCCGGUAGGAGCUGUGACUGCCGAUGCGCUGCUUCCGAUGGGUCUCCGCUGUCACCAGAGACAGAGGAAGCACGGUCUGGUGGGAGUGUGGGGGGCGGGUCGUCCCUGAUGAAGAUUAACAUCAAGACAUGCAAGGGUGGUUGGGAUUCUGCAAUGGAGAUGAGCCCCAAGGACAAGCGGCCCUGUUCCCGUUGCCAAGGCAACCAGGCUCCAAGACUGAGCGUUGAGGAGGAGGAAGAGGAGGCAGCUGAGAAGGGGAGUCAGAGCCAGACGAUCUGUGACUCGGCAAAUGCGCUGGAGCUGUUUAGUGAUAACAGCUCGUCGGAGGACUGGACUGCAGCAUGGGUGGCGAAACAUCCUAAUAACCAGCCGGGCUGCAGCACGCAUCUCAUCGCAGAUUAUUCCUCAGAUGUGGGUGCAAGCGGAGAAGGACUCAAGGCCCAAGGGCGUGUUGAGAUGCUGAAGGAGUACAAAGGAGACAUGCCACUUAUGCGGAGCAGAAGCCACCCCGUUCGCGGUAGUGGCAGUGUCGUCGAAUUCGUGAAAAGGAAUCUCAGGAGGAGGCCAGCCAGGGGGAUGGAUGCGCCGAAAAAGGGCAACAGAUCGAGGUGGUCGCCAGUUGCCAUGUGCCUGGGGGCCACCUCACGGGGCCCGAAGGACGGAGAACAUCAGAACUAUGAGCUGGGCAAAGGGCACCACAGCAGGGCAGCAUCUUCGGAGGGGCGCCGUCUGAGAUACAAGCAUGCUGCAGUUCCAAAGAUGGUCUCACGAUCGGCAUCAGCUUCGGCAUCGUCAGGCCUGCCAAGGCAGUGCUUUCAGCAGGACGUGUUCCUAGACAGCAACGUCCCAGGUAACUUUCAACAAUCACCAUGGUACUUGCCCUCAAGUGGAGCAGAUAUUGUGUACCAUGAAGGUGGGCGCCCUUCCUGCGUGGACAGUCUCUUCAGCGAGUUCAGCACAAAGACACCAAAACGUGCUCAGUUCUGGCCCAGCGUGGGCACAGAGGCAUUGCCUGGCAAUGGUCAAGCGACAGCACAAAAGCCCAAUGCCACCAAUCCCAGCCUUGCUCAUCCCUCUGCCACUGGCACCAGUCUCUUUGGCGACUUCAGCACGUGCACCCCAACUCGGGCUCAGUUUUGGUCUGGUGACUGCAAUGCGCAUGGUGCCAAGUCAAAUGAGAAGAUGGAAAGGAGUGUCGAACGUCAGCAGCCCUUGAAAGCCGAUGUUUCUCAGGCUAAACCUGUCUCCAGUGCACUGUCCAAGACUGGGCCAAGGAAGCCUUGCGGUGAAGACAAUUCGAAGGACACGUAUAUAGACCGCUGGAUCCAGGACGGCCUCGAUGCUGCACAGAAACAUGGCAAGUGGGCGCCUGUCAGUGGAUCGCAAAGCACCUUGCUCGGCUGCCUGAAGCCCACUCUAGGCCCCGAAGUUGCUUGGGAGAGCCUUUCCCCAACCGUUGUAAUGCAGCCCAAGGCUGGCCAGCCCACCCCUUUGAUGGUCAAAGUGGGCGCACCAGCGGCUUCAUCUUCCUUGGGUCCAGCCAAGUUGGGUUUGCUCAGUGGCAUGCAGUCUGUGGACGACUUCAAGAAAUGCACUGGUGUUUGGAUGCUGGACCACCUACUGUCCAACAACUUCGAUGCCAUUUAUCCUUUUAUGGAGCUGGGCUGGUGGAAGCGGGACUCCCCAAGGGCCAAAGAGUUGUUCAAGCUGAGGGUCCGUGGCGGGGCAUUCAUAUGGAAAUGUGAUGUGCUACGUUUGUGCCCACACGGCACACGUCUGCCUCUUUCUGGUGUGCCCGUGACACAGCGCCGGGUGGAUGGACGACCUGGUUUCGUCAUGGCCUGGGUGGAAGCCCGCGAUGAGGGCGUUGCCAUGAUGGCCACAUGGGGUGAACCACAUGGUGGAAUGUGUGAAGACCUCUAUCAACUGUCUGCAGAUGCGCAAUUUCUGGUCAGGACAACAACGAUUAUGUGCAAUGAGGGAAACAGCAGUGUCGUCAGAUGGGUAUUUUCACAGGCAAAGUGCUGCAAGUCUUGA